CCCGCCCCUGACUGCCCUGCUUGCUCUGCCCGCUCCUAGAGCAGCGGCGGCGGCGGGCCGGGUCGGACCUGCCCUAACCUCACUUCAUACCUUCAAGAGUACCUCGCGUGGCGUGGCGUGGCGUGGUGUGGCGUGGUGAGGCGUGGCGUGGCGUGGCGAGGCGUGGCGAGGCGUGGCGUGGCGUGGCGGGCGCGGGGAUAGUGAGUAGGUGAGGCAGAGCGCUGCGCCGGGUCGCGGUGAUACGCUGUGGCCGACGCGACGCGACGCCGGGAGGACCGACCAGGAACACCCACCAGGACGACGACGGACGACUCGCUUGGGUCCGACACCCGCCACGAUUAAGGACAUGGUCGCCAACGGCACGCCGAACGGCAGCGCGGACCCGACCGCGCCUGUGGCCAUGCGCAUCAUCAGGCAGAACGCCGAGGACGGCGACGUGAAGGAGAAGGAGGACUACGAGAGCGACGUGGACGACGAGGUCGAGGACGUCGACGACGAGGAGGAGGAGAAGAGGGACGGCCUGGGGAUCCUCCUCGAGGGCAAGAAGCAGAUCCAGCUCCAGAGCGGGGAGGUGCUGGAGGUGGGGCGGGACCCCCUUCCGCCGGACGG